CCCAGUCCGCAGUAGUUUAGGGGUAGGCUUGCAGUCGUGGAGGAUCGGAGGCAGCGGUCAACUAAAUUUGUUAUAGUCGCUCGUUUGUUUGUGGUUUAUUUACACCCUGUGGUCCAGUUUCUCAGGGCAUCCAUGCUGCGUCUGACUGCAGGACGACUGGGGACGCUGUUGUCCAGAAGGACAGUGGCAGCUCUCAGCACCACUAGUGCCAGGAUGGAACUCUUAAUUUUGCUAAUAGAGUAGUCUAAUUCAAGUUUCACAAAAAUAAAGGCUAAUUUUUAAGCCCCUCUCCCUAAAAAAACACACACACAACCCCCAGGCUAACUUCGACCUAAGGCUAGUUACACUCUGACCCCAGGGCUAACUUAGACCUGGUUACCAUAGUAACCAUCAGUAUCACCUACUGGCCAGUAGCACCCAACAACUACAAACAGGGAAAACAUGGGUCAUAAUUUGUGGUUUGUUAACUUGAGAGCAACGAGAAAGGUUUUAGAGUCCAAAUAUCCAGCAGUGAGGACAGGGUGUAUGUUACCCCUGGAAACCGUUCUGAGCCUGACCUGAAGAACUAGAAGUACUGAGCUCUGGUGUCUUCCGGUUCCACAAGCUGCAAUGGCACACAGGACAGGCUGGUGUUUAUAAAGAACGAACCGUUAUUCACUUCUUAUAACCUAAAAUGUUGUGACCCAUAAAUGAUAAAGUAACCAUGACUGUAGAAGAUUGCAUUUGAUCUAAGACACAAGUGAAGUAAAUCCUUCUGAAGAUGUACGACAUUGUAUGUCCAUGAAUCCAUCUUUUGUUUCUCAGAUGCUGCGUCUGACUGCAGGACGACUGGGGACGCUGUUGUCCAGAAGGACAGUGGCCGCUCUCAGCACCACUAGUGCCAGGAUGGCCAGCCAUGAAGUGUCACAGCAGGCUGACAUGUCUCUGCCCAUGUACUGGGAUCGUCGGGACAUCCCACUACCAGACAGACCUUACAACGAUACCCUUACUGCUGCUGAGGAGAGUUUGAAACAGAAGGAGAAAGGACCAUGGAACAACCUUUCAAAGGAGGAGAAAAUCGCCUUGUAUAGGAUUAUGUUUAAAGAAACGUAUGCAGAGAUGAAAAAGCCCUCCAAUGAGUGGAAGACUGUGCUGGGUGGAAUCUUCUUCUUUGUAGGUUUGACUGGCCUUGUGGUGCUCUGGCAGCGUAUCUAUGUGUAUCCUCAUCCUCCUCAUACAUUUGAUGAAGAGUGGGAGGCUAAGCAGGUGAAAAGGAUGUUGGACAUGCGAGUGAACCCAGUGCAGGGCUUCUCUGCCAAGUGGGACUAUGAGAAGGGGCAGUGGAAAUAAAGUCAAAGGAAGAAGUUCCCGUCCCCUUUUAGAACCAUGGUGUCUGUCCAAUCAUCUAUGAAAAACACCAUUAUGAGAAGUGAUUAAAACUCAGAACUUAAAUAAAACUUGUGGUAUCAAGUCCAUUUUUCCUACCACUGUCUGAGUAGUGUAUAAUAAACUUUGUAUUGGAUGAAUUAA